GGGGAUUCGGUAGGGGUCCUGUGAGGGGACUCGGCGGGUUCGGUAAAGCAGCGGAGAUGUUUGACGACGACGAGAGCGAGAACAGCGCGCAAGCCUCGCAGGCGAACCACAGGAAGAGGCUUUCUUCGAUCCUGAAAGUCCCGGAGAAACCGGUUUUGGAAGAGCGAGAUGACAAUAAAAUGCAGGCAGACACGGUGGUGCGCAGGAAGUCUCUGAAGCUUUCGCGGAGGGUCAGCUUCGCCACAACAGACCACGUGAAAGAAUUCAACACAGAGACGACCUUUCUCGGCGUCAGCGUUGAUGGUGAACCUCCAGGGAAGGUCGAAGCUGGUCUCUGUGAGGACGCAAGCCUUCCUGUGGGGCAGAAGAUAGCAGGAUUGGACACUCUGCUGCACGGGCCCAUCCAGAACCCAGCCCAACUCACCGAGGAUGGAGAGGAUCUUCUGAUUAUUCCGGCAGCAGCAAAGGCCCCAGCUGGGGCAGCCAAGUUUGAAAAGAUCGACUUCAAAGAAACGCUGAAGAGGCUCAACAGGGGCAAGCCGGAGCCUGGCGGACAGCGCUUCUUCUCGGAUCCGUUCUGCGUGGGCGACGGGCUGGCUGACGUCGGGCCGAGCACUGUCGUCCCGGCGAACCGACCGGCGCUGCUGAAGCCAAUGCAGGGCGACGUCCCCGCUUUCCCCGCAAGGGUCCCCCACCCCAUGCUCGAUCGCACUGCCAUCUUCGAGGACGACGUGAUGGACAAGAAGGUCGGCGCCACCGCCCUCGUUGAGGGCGACUUUGUUGAGCCCUUGCGCAAUAAACGCAUGGCGGUCGAGUCGCAGACACGGCGCGACGACCCCUACUGCCCGCCCUCUGUGCCCUUCCUGGCGCCGGCGAAUGGGGAAAGGGGGGGAGAAGCAGAAGAGGAGAUGGAGAUGACUCGCAGUCACACGGUCGUGAUCCGGACGCAGGAGGUAGAGACGCAGCGUGGUGGGGUGAGGGCUUCCGUGCCGUAUGGGCAUAAAUCUACAUACGUUCCCAAAGCGGUGGACUUGACCGGGAGUCGCACGCCGUUUGGGCUCAGGGAAGCCGAGCACGCGACCCUGCGAAGGUCAGCGCCGAGAGAAGAGCAGCCGCCGCGUCACGAUGUCACGAUCGGGUUUGAAGGCAACGAGGUUGACAUGGAGAUGACCAAAAGUCACACCGUAGUGAUUCGUAGCGACCCAACAAGAUCUCUCAGGGAGAAUUUCGAUGAGGCUGAAAUGGAGAUGACAAGAAGCCACACAGCGCUGAUCCGUAACGACCCAACAAGAUCUCUCGGAGAGAAAUAUGAAGAAGCUGACAUGGAGAUGACAAGAAGCCACACUGCUGUAAUUCGUAAUGAGGUGAUGGUGUCCCACAAAUCAAAUUCUGACGAGGCCGAUAUGGAGAUGACAAGAAGCCACACAGCGGUGAUCUGUAAUGACCUGACAAGAUCUCUCCGGGAGAAGUACGAAGAAGCUGACAUGGAGAUGACAAGAAGCCACACAGCGGUGAUCUGUAACGACCCGACAAGAUCUCUCGGAGAGAAAUACGGAGAAGCUGACAUGGAGAUGACAAGAAGCCACACAGCAGUGAUCCGUAACGACCUGACAAGAUCUCUCGGAGAGAAAUACGGAGAAGCUGACAUGGAGAUGACAAGAAGCCACACCGCUGUAAUUCGUAACGAGCCAACAAGAUCUCUCGGAGAGAAAUACGGAGAAGCUGACAUGGAGAUGACAAGAAGCCACACCGCGGUGAUCCAUAACGACCUGACAAGAUCUCUCGGAGAGAAAUACGAAGAAGCUGACAUGGAGAUGACAAGAAGCCACACCGCGGUGAUCCAUAACGACCUGACAAGAUCUCUCGGAGAGAAAUACGAAGAAGCUGACAUGGAGAUGACAAGAAGCCACACAGCAGUGAUCCGUAACGACCCUACAAGAUCUCUCCGGGAGAAAUACGAAGAAGCUGACAUGGAGAUGACAAGAAGCCACACAGCGGUGAUCUGUAACGAGACAACAAGAUCUCUCAGAGAGAAGUACGGAGAAGCUGACAUGGAGAUGACAAGAAGCCACACAGCGGUGAUCUGUAACGACCUGACAAGAUCUCUCCGGGAGAAGUACGAAGAAGCUGACAUGGAGAUGACAAGAAGCCACACAGCGGUGAUCUGUAACGAGACAACAAGAUCUCUCAGAGAGAAGUACGGAGAAGCUGACAUGGAGAUGACAAGAAGCCACACAGCGGUGAUCUGUAACGAGACAACAAGAUCUCUCAGAGAGAAGUACGGAGAAGCUGACAUGGAGAUGACAAGAAGCCACACAGCGGUGAUCCAUAACGAGCCAACAAGAUCUCUCGGAGAGAAAUACGAAGAAGCUGACAUGGAGAUGACAAGAAGCCACACAGCAGUGAUCCGUAACGACCUGACAAGAUCUCUCGGAGAGAAAUACGGAGAAGCUGACAUGGAGAUGACAAGAAGCCACACCGCAAUGAUCCGUAACGAGCCAACAAGAUCUCUCGGAGAGAAAUACGGAGAAGCUGACAUGGAGAUGACAAGAAGCCACACCGCGGUAAUUCGUAACGAUGUAACUAAUAGACCUCUCGCAGAAAAUUACAAUGCUGCCACACAGGAGCUGCGAGCUCGACCAUCCAGCGUUGCGCCGCGUGGAAACAGAACCGUAAUAUUUCACGACGAGGACAAGGUGGAGGUCGCAAGGUGUCAAACAGUGGCGAUCACGGGAGAGGGGCUGCGGGGUGUGGCGACUGACGAACCGUCAAGAGCUUCGACCACCAAGAAGUCCGGUGGGGCCAAGAGCGAUGUCGUGGUGCCGAGGAGCGGCAGCAGCAGCAGCAGCAGCAGCGCGAUCAUCGAAUGCGAGACGACACAACUGCACGGCAACCCGCAGCCGGCUCGAGUAGAACCUAAGCAUGUGAGCGCCGGAGACCGGCGAGCUUCGUCACCGGAGGAGGUUGAAAUCCCGCCUCAUGGAAGUGGUGCAGCCGCAGCUGAUGGUGACCGUGGUGUGCAUGAGGGCAGCACACGGUCCGAUCGCCCUAUUGUGAUGGAACAACCGGUGGCGACCGCAGAGUUUGGUGGGCAGGCCGGGGCAGGGAGAGACAGUGGAGAGGCCGGAGGGGAUGGGCAUCAGCAGGCAAGGGCGGACGGCGGGGGACGCACUACGGCGGCCGACACCAAGCCGAUCGUCCGGGCCGCCGCGGCGAACAACAUGACGAUUCCGCGGCUCGGCACGGUCGCGCGAGACGCCGAGUCGACGGAGCUGGGGGAGCUGCCGGCGAGGGCGCAGCCGAAAGCCACCGAGGAGGUGAGCUCACUCGGCAAGUCUGGCCAUUUGGGCGCAGAAGAAAACAAAGUAAAGUUGGCUGGUGCAGGCGUAUUUGAAAGCAGAACGGACAAGGUUCCAAAGGAACUGCUGGGUUCGCCAGUAAAGGAGCCGGUGGCAUUAUUGGUGGAGCCAAAUGGCGCUCGUCUGGAGAUAAAACGCGAUGCCGCCGUGACGGAGGUGGCGGUGGCGGCAAGACCAACGGACAAGCCCACGACUUUCCUGCUGAGAAAGCAACUGGACAAGAGGCUGUCGCUGCAGCGCAAGCAGCCGGGUGCGGGCGAGCACGGUACCCACCGGCGCGCCACCAUGCUGCUGCCGUUUGCCUCCGCCGACGGGGACACGCGGCCCCACACGGACAUCCUGCUUGGCCGGCGCUACUCGUCCGCCAUGGCGCUGACGCCCGAGUGCACGCGCGCCGUGCGACGCCGGCUGUCGAUGCUGCAAGCGGCGCGGGCGAGGGGGGCAGGCGGCGGCGACGAUGACGACGCCACGGCGUGCAGCAGGAGGCUAACCACUUCGGACCGGCUCGGCCAGCUGAUGCCGCUGCUUACCAAGCAGGUCCAGCUCGCAGACCUGGAGAUGGAGAUGGCGCUGCAGGGUGGGCACCUGUGUGAGGAGGCGCUAAAGGUGGUGUCCGAGAUAGAGAAGACCGGAUCCCAGCAGGCAGUCACCAACGGUGAUUUCCACACCUCGUACAAUAUGCAAGACGAGACUAUGCCGGCUGUUGGGCAGCAGGAGCUGUGGACGGGGCAGCUGGAGGAACACACGGAAGGUGGGGGUACGGCGCGCCAAACGGCGGCGCAGGGGAAGCGCGCCACGGAGGAACACAGCGGCGGCGGCAAGCGGCGGCGCAGCGACAGGGACGUGGAAAAACUCGCCUGCACGGACGAGCCCGAGGAGAAGGAGCAGGAGGGGCCGACGAUCCUCCCGGCACCCCAGCUGUCCUUCUCUGCCGAACACGGUGUACUCCAGGCCUCGCCGAGUGGAGGCAACUCGAGGAUCGUCACUGAUGGGUUCAUGCCAGCCAUUGCCCAGGCCUGCCACAACAUCAGCCUCACCUCAAGCCACGAGGGCUGGGUGGAUGGCAACGUCACCAUCCGGGCCUUCAUGAAGAUCAUGCUGCUAGAAGCCACCGUGGCCCUAUCGAGACAUAGCGAGAUCAUGGUCAUGCCCCAGGAGGAGGAGGAGCGAGGGCAGCGGCUGCGCAGGAUGGUGCGGGAGAGGCAUGUGGUCAUCCCCAAGAUGAGAGCCAAAGAAGAGCAACUUGGACGGCUCCAGGAGCAGACGGCACAGCUCACCGGCGAGGGUGGAGAUCGGUUGCUGAAGUCGCUGGACCCGCAGCUCUGCAGGAGGAUGAUGAGUUGCAAGCAGACGGAGCACGACGAGUUCCUGACGGAGCUCCGGGCCGAGAGGGACUGCCUGCGGGAGGAGGCGAAGCACGUGUACGCGCGCGCCAGCAUGGAGCAACUGACGGAGCUGCUCGCACAAAUGCAGGGCCAUCUAGAGGUUCUGGAGAAUCGAGUGCAGCAGACCAAGAAGACCCUGGAGGACAUCAACUUCUACAUGGCGCAAAUGGACGACGAGUCCGUGAACGACAAGGAUCGCGUAGCCGAGCCAGUGCCGAGCCGCGCCCUGCUGCUCGACAAGAAGAACGAACUGACGGAGCUGGCAAAUGAGAAAAAGGAAGUGAAAAGGCUGCAGCGGGAGCGCCGCAAGGAGCUGAAUCUGGUAGCCAAGACGCUGCGCAAGCAGCAACAGCAGCUUCUCGUCCCCGUCCACAGCGUCUCCGAGUACCACAGGCUGACGGGGUGGGAGCUGCAGUGGUGGCAGGAGAACGAGGCCGUGUUCCUCUUCCUGCACGGAUCGCUGGAGGCGAAAGUCAAGUUCGGCAAGCGAAUCGACGGCCUCACGUUCGCCGGGCAGCCCGUGCGAGAGAUCUCCGACAUCCAUCUCACGUGGCAGCUCGACGAUUCCCCGUUCCCCGAGGCUACCAGCCUCCUCCAGCGCCUGCUGUUGGCGGGACUCGGCAACCAUCGCACGUGGGCAGCGCAGCACCGCAGCAGCCUGCACCUCCCGAAGAUGCUGCACGAGCUGACGCUGGUGGCGGAGCGAGCGCGGGGACUCAACGAGGACGUGGCCUUCCUGCUGGGGGGCACGGGGCUGCGCUACGACCUCGUGCGCGCGUCUGUCGACGGGCUCAGGCUCGGCUGCGUCUUCUCCAGCCUGUCGGCCUUCUGCAAGUUCCGUGUCGACUUUGAGCUGCAGCCCGGCUACCCCUUCACGCCGCUGCAGUUUGAAGUGCGGCCCCUCAUCGGCAAGCCCAGCGUGGAGCAGCAGGUGAGCCACGCGGUGAGGGCCGUGCCGAUGGGGUGGCACUACCUGACCCGCGUCGUCCACAACAUUCACGCGUCCGUGCUGGCCGGCGGCGGCAAAUCCGGAGGGGCGCCCAGCGACUAAAGGGAGCAGCAGCAGUAGCAGCAGCGGCAGAGCCGGCGAACGGCACCGACGGUCCUGUGGGUGACGGCUGCCACGGCCGCGCCCGCCGCGACGGCACGGGCGCAACUGUGGCUGUGCCACGCGGAGCCGCUGGUGCUGAAUCAUGGAACCUGGCCAGCACAGUGGCCGGCGCUCCCCGCAUCGUCCUCCGGUCGAGGUGUUUGUGAGCGCUCCUCGCUUGCCGGCGUUUAAAUGUCGCCACCGUGCGUCGUGCCGGCAGCAGUGAUUGAGUGUUACAUUCAUAUUUACGUAGCUUUUUAUACACUGGUCUUGAAAUGUUCUUUUGACUGAACCUCAAUGCUUGGGCGGCGGUAGUUUGUGUUAGCCUCGGAGUUUGGUGCUACCCAAGAUGGGAACGUUUUAUUUCGGCCGAUUUUUUUACUUGGCCAACUAAAUAUGAGAACGUUAAGAACGGUGGUAACGCUUCGAGACCCUCUGGGAAGCCCUCGUGGCUACCAAGAGGAGGAUCCUGCUUUGGGAUGUUUGUUCCACCCCUGUUGAUAAAUGUUAUGAGGUGAGCAGCAAACGAACCCUACUGGCUGCUCUGCCACUUCUCAGUCACGUGCCUUGGUGAAUUUAGGAGUUUCCCACGCACGUUUAACGAAUUGCUCAAUUGGAAUUACUUGUAGGUCCGAAUGAUGACCUUGUUUUACUCUGUGCAGCUAAAGUUACUCGGGCUGGCGCCAAGACAGGCAGACAGACAAAUUCUGUUUAUUUAGUCUGGCCACAUCAAGACAUUGGUAGCUCUUAACGCUUUCUCUACCCUGGGUGCUACCAACAAUGGGAGUCUCUGCUCUGGUUUAAUGCACUGCUGUCGAGUGCAUAAAUGCAGCCUACACGGAAUGCACCAGGGGUGACUUAAACCCCCCAGCCAAUAGUGCAAAGCUACACAACCCAACCUGGUGGGUGAAUGAGUGGGAAGGGUGAAUUAGUUAUUGCAUGGGUGAAUGGUUUGUUGGGUGAGUGAAUGAGUGGGUAGGUGAGCUAAUGAGUGUGGGUGGUGUGUAUGGGUGAGCACGUCACAAAGUGGGUAGGUGAGUUAGUGAGUGACAAGCGGAGAAGUGGCUUGUAACUGGAGUCUGACAGGCGACAGAUACUCCAGAACUGCAGGCGCGCAGCCGGUAAAACUUUGCCGUCUUAAAGGUGUUUAGAAAUUAAACUUUGGAUUCAGAUCGGGUGUAAAUACACUUCACCGGGCCUCUCACUUCUGAACUUAUUGUUUUCUCGCUUGAAUUCGUUUCUACUACUUGUGCCAUUUUUUCUCCUUUGUGCUUAAACAUUUGCUUGUUUAGUCUCUGAAGAGUGGUGAAUAAAAACCGAAUAC